CUACAAAGCGCCUGGCCGGGUCCGGUCCCAGCUGAGCCGCUUGCCCCGGAGCCAGACCCCCUCCCGGGCAGGAUGCAGGCACCAUUUACAGCCACAUGAGUGUUCCCACUUCCCAGAUACCUGCCGAGGUGCCGGGAUGGCUCCAGGUUGGGCAAAGUUUGGGUGCCCUGGCUCCAUUCCUUCCACAGAGGGUUGUGGGUUCCUCACCACCCCUGCAUGCGUGUGGUCGGCUGCUCCCAUGAUGCCUGUGUGCGGAUCUGCCUUUGGAAUGCUAUCCUCCAUCCUGUGCCCAGUGUACGUGAGAAAGGACCAGGCAGCGUGACCAACAUGGAGCUGGAAGGGAGCCGAGCUACCCUGGAAGAGGAGGAGGAGGAUGGCACCAAAUACAAUCUGGAGACAGCGGAGCCGCCGUCCUGUCCUGAGACUGCAGGCGCCCGGGCAAAGGACCAAUGCGAUUCCCUACUGGACUCCAUCGACGCUCAGCUCAGCCAGCUGCUGGGCCCUGGUGCAGGAGUCGCAGGCGGUUGCAUGAAUGGAGACACCUCCUUGGAAUGCUCCCCCAAGGCCUCCUGGACAGCAGAGAUGGAAGGAUGCUGUGCAAACCAGGACGGCACCUCCUGGGGCGAAGCCAGCUCCUCUCGGAAGGAGGAGUACGGCUGGAGGCUGAUGCAUCUCCUUGGCUCCAAGCAAGCCCCGGAGACCCUGGGGGACCGAAGUGACUCGAAUUCCAUCUGCACGGAGGACUUUGCUGCCAGGUUUCGGGAAGGCAUGGUCGACCCCCUGGUGAAUUCUGAUGAGGAAGAGGAUGUGCCAGCUGGGAGUUUCCCAGCCAGAGACCCUGCUGAAGAAGGGCACAUCACGGGAAUCAAAGCCAGGCCCGCUGGUCUCUGCCCCACCGUGGAGGCGUGUGGGCCUGCUGCAGAGGGCUUCAUGCUCAGUACAGUGAGGAGACAGCACAUCCUGCAGCGGUUUGAGGAGGGGCUAGAAGAGAACUCAGCCCUGGCUUUGUCCAGCAGCAUGGAAGGACCCCAGUCCCUGAGCUCUAGGACCAGGAGAGAGAGCCUGGAGUCUCUGGGGGGCAGGAUAUCCAGGCUUAGCCGGAGCAACACCAUAGACACCCCAAGCAGCACAGACAUGGGAAAAGCCAGCGGCACAGGAGGCCGGGCUCCUGGACUAGCUCUGCCUGAGCGGGUGGAGACCUCAGAGGAAAGCAUUCCUUGGCUCCUGGAGGGCUCUUCCAGAUGGGGCCAGAACUCCAGGGAAAACUCCCUACCUUUCAGCAGCCCAUUGCUCGUGGAGGAGCUGUGUCCCAGCCAGCCAUUCAGAGAUCUGGGUGCUGGUGCCGGCACGAGAGCCUGGGCCAGAGAGUCCCACCCUGUGAGGACAGCUCCGAGUCCGUCCGGGAGGAGACAAACUGCAUAUGGACACAUCUGGUCCGACAGUCCCUCUCACUUCGCACCCACAGCAGCCUACGGCAGCCCUUCCCUGGCUUCCAAAGGGGAGAAGAGCCCCCAGCUAAUAGCAUCCCCCUGCCCCGACCAAAGGCUGCCCCCGGAGAAGCUGGGAGAUCAGAGCUCAGCUUUGCAAGGGUUUAGUGCCACAACACAGCUGGCUAGUAGCCCUGAAAGCGCCCAGACACCCCCAGCUGUGGUUAGUGAUGGCUGCGUGGUGAUGCAGGGUGGGGUUGGUUCAGGAGAUCCUGAGAGGGAGGCCCCAGAGCUGCUGCAACAGGGGUCAGUGAUUCCCCAGAGACUGUCUGGAAGGGGCAUCACUCAUGCUGUGGCUAGCGGAGGCAGGGAGGGAACCUGGCGGAGCUGGGAGCUGCAGGCUGGGCCAGCGGAGAGGGGAACUCGUGGCCUGACACUGUGCGUCCCCGUCACCAGUUUUGACACCGUCACCAUCGACAGUGACCUGGACUCGGUGAGGACGGAGACAGUCCAGGUUCACCUCCGCAAGGCCGUCGGCUGCCAGAGAGCUCCAGGCUGCAGCACCAAGGGGCCCCGCUGCCCACGGAGAGACUCGUUGGGGUGCCUGGGCUCCAGCAGUGCAGUCACUGAGGAAGAGGAGGAGGCGGAGGAAGAGUUCCUGUGGUCUCGUGGCAGUGCCGACUGGAGGAGCAGCAGCCCUGUGAGGUGGAGCUCAAUGCCAUGCAGGGCAGUGUCCAGCUGGGAGGGUACCAGGAAGGAGGCCUGCACGGAGCACCAGGACCUGGGCACUGAUGAGGAGAGGCUGUUGCAGAGGAAAUCCCAGCUACACGAGGCUGACUUGUCCCUGAGUGACAUCCUGGGUCAGAAAAAGCGCGCGGUCCAGGACCUGGAGUCACUGCGUGGAGCCUUGGAGAGAAGCCAGAAGGAGGCAGAGACGCUGGAGUCCUGCCUGAAGGAGACUCGGAGCAAAGCGGAUGAAGCCAGGGCAGACCUGCUGCUGCUGCAGUACAGACGGGACUCCUGCCUGCGGGAGCUGCCGGAGCUGGAGAAGGAGCUGAGUGUGCUGAGACAGCAGCACUCCACCAUGCACAGCACCCAGCUAGGGGCCUUCCAGGCCGAGGUCUCCUCACUAGCGGCCGAGCGGGAGGAGCUGAAGGCCCGUGUGCGUCACCUGGAAGGCAGCUUGUCCUUCCUGGAGCACCAGCUGAGCUGCUGCAAGGCAGAGUUGUUCUCUGAGCAGCGGGCAGCCAGAGCCAGGAUCGAGGAGCUGCAGGAGUGCCUGGAGGAAGCUCAGAACAAGCUGGAGGAGAGGACAGCAGAGGGGACAGAGCUCCAGGAGGAGACCACACGACUGAGACUGCAGCUCAGGGAGCUGGAGAGGAUACCAGCGGCCCCCAGAGCCUCUUGGAGCCCGUGCCGGUUUGUGAUGGUUACACAGAGCUCUCUGUUCCAGAAGCAGGCAGCAGCUCUGAGUGGGCAGAUCCGAGACCUUCGAGUGCAGGAGACGGAGCAGGAGCUGAGACUCUCUGCUCUGAAGAAGAUCCUGUCGGAGAAGGAGCUAGAGCUGGUGAGGCUGCGAGAGGUCAUCUGUGCCCUGACGGCCGAGAAAGAAGCUCAGCAACACGCUAUGGAGAACCUGAGAGAAGAACAUGACAGGCAGCUGGGGAAGAUGCAGCAGGAGAAGGAGCUGGAGUGGGCCCAGCAGAGGGAGGCGCUGCAGUGUCUGAAGCAGCAGGAGCUCCAGGAGUUUGCAGAGAGUUUGGAGCACGUGAAGGCCAGGGCCCUCCAGGAUCAAGCCGCCUCCUUCCAGAAGGAAGUGGAGAAUCUCACCAGGGUGAUCGAGGCCCGAGAUGAAGAGGUUCGGAGGCAGCGGGAGACCAUGCAGCAACAGAAGGAGUCUACACAGCAGCUGGUCAGAGAGCUGAAGCAGGAAGCCAAGGAGAUGGUUCAGAGUGCUCUGCUUCAGGAGCAAAGGAAGUGGGAGGCUGAGAAGAGGGAAGCCCUCCAGGUGCAGUGUAGGACACUGGAAGAGCAGAGCCAGAGAGCGCAUGCGGAGGCCCUGGACAAAGAGAGGAGGACGGUGUCAGUUUUGCAGAAUAAAACCCUGGAGUACCAGCAGAGAAUUCAGGAGCUGGAGCUCCACGGCCACUCGCUCCAGCAGGAGAAGCAGGAGGCGCUGGACGAGCUGCGGACGUUGCUGCAGGAGGAGAAGAUGGAGGCACUAAGGAGACUGCGCGAGGAGCUGGAGCAGGAGAGGGCUCGUGAGAGUGAUCGGCUGAGAGUGACGCUGCAGCAGCUGGAGGAGGAGCAGAGCCACUUGCGGGCUGCGCAGAACGAAAUGUCCUCCCGGGAGCGGGAGGCGCAGUCCCAAGCUGAGCAGGCCCAGCGCUCCCUGGCCAGGGAGAUCGGCUUGGCCUGCCAACGCCUCCAGGACCUGCUUCCUGAGAGAGGCAGGGGGCUGAUGGCUCCUGGGAGCCCAGCUCCCCUCUCGGCCAGCCACGCACUCCAGCUCCUGCAUGCAGUGACCGUGGAGACCCAGCGCUACCUCAGAGCCUUGCAGCAGGAGCUGGAAGCUCAGAACUGCACCAUGCUUCACUUCCAGGAGGAGAAGGAGUGGGAGCUGAGGCAGCAGCGAGAGCAGCUUCACUUGGAGAGCAAGGAAGCCCUGGAGGCCCUGAAGGAGCAGCUCAUCCAAGAGCACCUCCAGGAGAUCGCCAGCCUGCAGCGCAGCCAGCUGAAGGAGGCUGGGGAGGGGGAGCAGCAGAUGCUGCACCAGCAGCUGCGGGAGAAGGACCACGAGCUGCGGGCCAUCCAGAGGAGCAUGGCCCACUGGAAAGACCAGACCACCUGCAAGCUGGCCCGCAAGUUUGAGGAGGAGCUGAAUGCGGCGCUGGAGACGCGCUUCUCCUGGGACAGACCCAGGGGCCUUCGCAGGAGUGUGGAGAGACUGGACGCAGAAAUUGGGCGGCUUUCCACGGUAAAGGAGAAACACUCGCCUCUGGCUAAAGUGAGGACAGUGAGGGGGCCCAGCUGGUUCAGGGAACCUCUCUGCUUGGGACCGGAGCGAGCACACCCAUCUCUGCCCCACCGCCUCCUCCUCCUCCGCCGCCCCACUCGGGCAGCACGGCUUUGUGUCCUCAAAGCUCCUGCGCCAGCUGCAGGGCCGCGUGAGGGAGCUGCGGGCAGAGAAUGCCCUUUACCGGGGGCGCAGCCUGGAGGACCUCGCCGCCCUGCGGGCAGAGCCAGGCCAGAAGGGCAGAGAAAAGAGGUACCUGACCGCAGCUCUCUCUGUCCCACAGUUCCAUGGGGCGAGCUGUAGGAAGUAGCAUGUGUGCUGCUGGGGAACAGGAAGCUGAGCAGGUGGAAGAGUCAUCUCCUGUGGAUAGACAGUGCGUGGUGGAGGCCUGGCUAUAGCAGGGGUGGAGUCACGCUCGACUUGGAGGGUAUCCAGCGGCGCAUUCCCUGCUCCCGGGAGUCAGGAAAGAAGCCGAUCACAUGAGCUUGAGAAGGACCCAGGACGCUCUCUGCUGAGCAACUUGUGUGGAAGCGUCCCCGUCACGAACUCUUGGCUGCUCUUUAUGCUCCUGGGCUCAGUUUCCUGCUUGGCGAAGCAAGGCCCUUGUUCCCUUCCAAUCAGACCCCUUGCAGUCAGUGGGGGAAGACGGGAGUGAUCGGUCAGGGAGGGGAUCUAGGGCUGGGGCCAGUCCAAAGAGCAAGUCCAGGCAAACACUGGAGCCCAAGUGGAAGAGUCUCUGGUCAAAUAUUCCAGAAGCACAUGCCUGCCUCUCACAAGAGGUCUGGGCACAGCUCUGGCUGGUUGGGCUGCAGCUGGCUCAGGAUUCUGCAGCUGUUGCUGGCUGGCUGGGUCCCCCCACUCCACCUCCAAGUAGCAGCAGAGCCAUCUUUGCAACUCCACCUUGCGGUGCUUUGCCAGCUUGCAAAAUGCAACUGGGGCAGGUGUGUAUCAGAGUAGCCUAGAUGUCAGGUAUGAGGCCUGCAGCGGACCCAGUCUCUGGGCAGGCUAAUGAGUGCAGCUGGCCUACAGUAGGCUGCCUGAUUGGCUGCAGCCCCUGAUUGAUGGGCAGUGGCAGCAGGCCAGUCGUUAAGCCCAGCAGCAGUGGCGUUUGGGAGUUGGUCAACGCAUUUGCCCACGGCUGUGAUAGCUCCUGUACCUGCUUGUAUCCAGUCCUACUUGUGCCUUGCCUCAGUCCAGGUAAUCCAGCACUGACCCUCAGCUCUGAGAUCUAAUGCCAGCUCUUCCUCACGUUUCUAUUCUUGGCUACUGACUCCUGUUCCAACCACUAGGCAUGACUGUCCACCGCCCCAUCUCUGAGCCUGGGCAGAGGGUGAGUUCCAGGGGCAGUCAGCACUGUGAAAUGGUCCCAAUAAGCUUGCUCGCUCCACUGCACCAGUCUUUGUAGAUAUGCUGCUACAGUCUAGCUUCAUUCCCUGCACUGGCAUAUUGUGGUUAAAUGCCGAUGGGGCUGCUAAAGUGCAUGUUGAUCAGUUUUUUUGCCGCAGAGCUUCAAAGAGUCUUUAAAAAGCCCAGUGUGUUCAUGUGAAAGGUAAGACUUUGGUCUCCUCAGGGGGAACCACAUUUUUGGUGCAUCCUGAAGACUAGCCGGCAGAGCACUCCCUAUGCCUUGCAAGCCAUGGGUAACCCACUAGUCCUAGCUCCGCCAUAUUGUGGCAUUAAAUACCGUACCAGCACAAUCAAGCCAUCUCUUAUUAUAUGCAGGGUGUUUCCAACUGCUGUCCAUUCCAAUGGACCAGUGUAUUGCAACCAUGACUGUAGAUACUUUAUACAUAAAUACAACAGGGCACGC